AUGCGUGAAUGGUCAAGUAAUGCAGAAAAUCAUGAUAAAAUUCAAUUAGUUAAGUUAGAUGAAGGAGAUGAAAAUAAUGAAGCAAUUAAACGUUUUAUAACAUAUAAUCUUCAAAACCAUUUUCGAGAAUAUCCUUGUCAAAAAAUUGCUAUUCUUAUUAAUAUGAGUGAAGCAGGACUUCGACAUUUGGAUUAUGAUUUGGUUAAAUUCAUUAUUGCUAGUGAACAAAACUUUUAUUCAGUUUAA